AUGGAAGAUUUUACAAUGAAAGGAGAGAUGGAAGGUGUUCGAUUUCAGAAAGCAUUGUCAAGUGAAAAGUAUGGUCUGAAACAAUAUGUUCCGACGCGAUGGUUUAGUGAAUUCGAUUGUGUCGAAUCGGUUAUGCAAAGUAUCGAUAGUCUUACUAUGGCAGUUGAUAAUUUUCCAAAAGAAGCGUCUAAUUAUUUGAAUGAACUGUCAAAAAUCGAAAGCCGAGUUCUUUUCAAAGAAUUGUCACAAGUUAUUCAGCCCUUAAAGGAAUGUAGUAAAUACUUUCAGAUUGAUAUUGAUGUGCAGAGAAUUGUGGAUUCAGAAAUGGAAAAGAUUAUAUCUGUUCUGCCGAAAAGAAAUGGAAAAGAUUAUAUCUGUUCAGACGCUUCCAGCUCCCCACAAGCCACGCCGAAACGGGCUAUGACAUUUGUAGAAAAAUGUCUUAGCAAGUCUUCAGCUCCUUCACCGAUCUCUUUGAUUGAAGAGCGCAUUUAUUAUGAGCGAGACUCUCGCCAAUGCCAGCCACAAAUUUAUUGGCCUAUGGUAAAAUCGAUAUAUCCGAAACUUGGAAAAGUCGCAUGGAAAUUUUUUGGAGUACCCACUACAGAAUCGGAUGUGGAGCGCUCGUUUUCUAUUUUGAAAAACGUAUACACUUCGAAUCGACUGUCGCUGGAAUCGAAAUUUUUGGAAAAUCUAAUGUUAAUCAAAGAGAUGCCUUAA